GCGGCUUCGGGCUCGGCCAGGUAGAUGCACAGGAAGACGCUUGUGUGACCCGCCGGGGAUGGCAUCUCCCUCCGAGGACCCCCCACCCAAGCCGGCCCCUGCCAAGCCCCUCACGGACCUGGACUUCCAUUCUGGGGUGCAGAUUGCGGAGCUGAACCAACUCAUCCAGGAACACCAAGCCAGGAGCCCUGACGGCAGGAAGGACCCCGAAUUGUUCCAGGCCAAAGAUCUUGUUUUCUCGCUGCUGGCUCAGGUCCAACGAACGGAUGGAAAAUUGCCCCCGGUCAACCGCUACCUUCUUCUCUUUGGUGGGACGCACCAGGGCACAGUCCACAUCAAUGGCACCACCCUGUGCCCGCUUUCUCCCGGCAGUGACUACGAUACCUGUUUCACGCUCCUGGUGCCAGUGCUGAAUGUGGCCGGCGUGCCCGUCACAUUGGAUAUGACGCAGAGCCCCCCUGGGCACGCCCGGAUCAGCCUCCAGCCUUUCGACGCUCCCACCCAGCAACGCUGGUCUGAGUGCAGCUAUGGGGACGAGACCUUCCUGUCCGCAGAACUGGUGUCUGAGUGGUUCUUCCGGGUGUUUUCCGCGGCGGCCAAAGAUGUCCGGGUCGAGCUCCGUGGACGCGUCACCUCUGUGAUCGUCUGCAUUGGAUCUUACCGUGUUCUCUAUGACAUCGUCCCUGUGGUGGCCUUUCAGGGGUGGCCCGAGGUGGCCCAGCCGUGGCUGAGCCAGGGUCACUUCUGGGAUGGCAAACUGCGGGAUGAAGAUGUGACCGUUGGCUUCUACCUCUUCCCGUCUGCUUCUGGCUCGGAUUGGUACCUCUCCUUUUCGGCGAGCGAGCUGCCCUUGUGGCGCGUCCUUCCUCUGCCGCUGUUGUGGUCCCUGCGAGCCACCACGGCUGCCCUCCCCUGGGCUGACCUGCAGGGCUUGGGUCCAUACCACCUCUUCACCCUGGCCUUGUGGUCCUGUGAACGGCUGCCGAGCCGCUACCUAGCCGAGGAGGAGAACGCUGCGCAUGCCCUCCUGGGUGUCCUCGAUGAUCUGUCCGCCAGCCUGGCCGAGGGACACCUGCCCAAUUAUUUCCUGCCUCAGUGGAACCUCCUGCAAGGUGUAUCCCCUCGGGCCAUGAAGCUCCUGGUGCGGGCCGUGGCCCAGGUGAGGGCCAACCCCUCCAAGUACCUCCGCCAGGCUGUGGAAGAGGCCAAGGAAGCUAAACGGCGGGCAAAGACGUAUCGGCGCCAGCUGCCGACCCCCGGGGACCCUUAGCCAUGGGGCUGCUUCAAUGGGGAUGGAUCGUGAAGCAGCUCACCCUACCUGUUCUUCAGGUAGAAGGGGAGCGGUUCAGGAGGGUUGGGGGAAUGCGUGCCAGGGCCAUGGUGCCAA